GUUCCCUAAUGUGAUCGUGCAGCUCAGCGCCAGCACUGCCGCCCCUGUUGUGCCGGCACAGGUCCUGGUCUCCAGCAUCUCUUCCCAGAACCCUGGCACUGCUAUCCAGGUUCCUGUCAUCUUCGGCCAGAGCAACACCAUGCCCAACCAGGUCCCUGAAGUCUACACCCAGGGCCCAGACGCCUCCAACCAGGGCAGCUUGUCUGCUGAGGAACACAGGCAGAAGGUCAUGGAUGCUGCCGAGGCUCUCCUGAUGCUGCAUAACUCCCCUGAGGCCCUGCAAGAGACUCGCAGAACCCCAGGUACAUACCUGGAUCCUUGGAUGAGGAACAGGGAGCGAGGGUGGGGGGUGCUGGAGAGUGUGGGGAAACAACGGGUUGUGCUGACGGAGCGGUGA